UAGAAAUACCUAAAGACAAUAUAUACCAAAGUGAUUUCAUUUAUUGAACAUGCCGGAUUCUGAAAAUAACAUUUGCUUGAACAUGUCUAUUUUGUUAAAGAUAUAAAAAUAACUACAGUGUUUUGUUUUUUUUUCAUUUGAAUGGAAACUUCUCUUAAUAUUAAAAAGAAAAAUAUAUAUGAAAUGAAAAAUGUGGAUCAUUCACUAUCUUAAUUAAACAGAAACUUUACAAGUAUGCUGAUGUUAUCACUGUAAGUGACAGAAAAUAUGAGAAUGCAUGUGCAUGCCUAUUUGUUGUUUUGUGUAAUUCUAUUUGCAAGACAGUUGGAAGGAUUAGCUGAUACUUCAGCUACAUUGGACAACAACAAAGAUGGAAACAAAAUAGAAGACGGCAAUCCACAUGUCACAAAGAAAUCAGACACUAUAAAAUUUGAAGGACAUCAGGAAAACAAAGUAGAAAAGCAAAAUUGCACCAUUUGGUUCAACAUGACUGGACUGAUAAACAUGGCUAGAUCAAUUUCUUUAUCAUCAGUGGACAACAUGCAAAAUAUUGCUUACAAAAUUCUUCAAACAUAUAACAACCUGUUUAAUAUUUAUACAAAACGAGCUAGAGCGAUUUCUGGACAAAUGCAAAUAAAUAAACAAAGGUUAAACAAACUAGAACAGGAUUUAGACAGUUUGGUGGAGGAAUUGUAUCAAAAAUAUGAGACAUCAGACCCGGAUAUGAAACCAGUAGUGAAAAUAUUACUUGAAAAAGCUUUAGAUGAGAGGGAAAAACUCAGUCGGAAGAAAGCUACAGAGUACAGUAUUCUGGAGUGUAGUGCAGUGAUGGGAACAAACUGUGACACUGAUGACGACUGUUAUGGAAAAGGCUGUUUGUUACAGUGCAAGACGUCUGGAUAUCUCUGGUGGUGGGAAAGUGUGUGCAGAUGAAAUGAAAAGCAUGAAGAGUAUAAGGAAAUAUCUUGCUGAAAUAUUGUUAAACUUCAUUGAUCUAUUCAGCAUUGUUGACAAACACAAUGUUUUUCACAAGUUGAACAAAUACUCGACACUUAAGAAUGUUUUUAUAACUUGUUGUUAAUAAAUAUGUCCCUUUAAAAGUACUGUUAAUUUAAAAUAAAAAAAAAAC